AUGGCUGACAUUCCGGAGCUAUCGGAGUACACCGGGUCACGAAGCCGAGCGCUGCGGUGCUUACAUCGGGCUGAGUGGAAGGCUUGCAACGCAGCGACUUCAAGCGAUCCGCAGCUUGUUAAUACCUUCCCCGCGCCCGAGAGCCGAAAUGACGCCACUGCUUACCGUUCGCUGCUUCCGAUACACGGUCGCCUUUCGCAGGAUGCCAAAGCUCCGGUAUUCGUGGCACAGCUGCGCACCUCGGCUACGCUUCCGCCAAGACAGCCUGCGAGGUCAUCCCACACACCGCAUAAGCCUCAUGCGAGGCUGCUUUCCCGCAGAACGCCGGCAGCUCCUACCUUUGCGGCUGCAGACGCCAGGAUCUCUUGCUUCUUUAACAGCUGCGCGGGCAUCACGCUGGCCCGUGCUACAGCAGUUGCGCGCCUCCAGGAUGUCGCAGUGGCUGCGGAAGUGAGCAAUGACGACGAUGUUGACGCCGUCCCAGUGGUCGCUCUUCUGGCCCAGGAGUUCGGUGAGCUGAAGGAACAUCUGCGGCUGCUGGCACUGAGUCUCGGUCUUCACAAUCAGCAGCUCCUACGCAGUUACCUAUGCUUUCAUCGUAUUCGAGCAACCAGCUUCAGAGGCUGCGGCAAAAAGGUCCUCGCCGCACUUGAAGUUGCAGUGCCGCUGAAUGUGCAGACCCUUGAGCGUUUCCUUGAGAAGAUGGCAGAAUACACACAGCAGGACGAGGUUGAAAGUCGGAACGCAAUGAAACAGCCAUGUGCAGCAGAUGUCAACCAGGAUGAACCCGACAGGCUGAAUGCCGUGACGCAGUCAUUCACCGACGCGGCGGAGGACGACUCCGUGUCUGCUCCCAUGCAACCUGGAGAAAGACACCGGCGCCACCUGUUGGGUCCCUCCGAACUCAGCAGCUUCGUCCUGUGCAAAGCACCCCAGCCGUGCCACGACAAUGACGACGGCGUCGACAAUGACAACGAGGAGUUCUGCGCGCCGACACAGAAUGGUGAUUCUCCACCCCUGAAAGUCCGAGCCAUGGUGAAGUACAGGAGGCAGAAGGAAUCAGUGGCAGAAGAGGGCAACAAAGAGAAUAAGACACAGCCUGUGAGGCCAAAAACCGGAAUAGACGAGACUCCACCACCUUCCCCCGGCUUUGUUGCGGAGAGCGAUCCUGAAGAUCAUGAUGGCGACACGAUCGCGGUCACAGCCAGGCACCCGCUGUUCGUUUUCGAUGUGACCGGUGCGACUGUCUACCGGUGCGGCUGUCGGCCUGGCGGCGCCACUUGGUCGCCUAUCAUCGGAAGCGUCGGAAAGACAUCGGGAAAGCGACCGAGCAGGGGGAUGCGUCUGAAGAAGCCCACAUGUGACACGGUCCCCGAACUCCCAAGUCAGGAGACUGCUGCAGGGGGAGGAUGGAUGCAGCCACACUAGCUGGAAGUCUCCUCGCAGUCAAAGGCAUCGACAAAACUAACUGACAUCGAAGAAGCUGACGGCAACUUAGAUUUCAGCUCGAAGACCACAGAUACUUCUCUAGCUGAUACCACGGUGAGUAAAGCUGAGCAGACGAACCAUCACUCAAGCAUUAUAACCACUUGCAGCCAACCGAAGAUACUGUGGAGCCACAAGAACGUUUGGAUGCUAAUUGAAGAAGGCGGACUGCUGAGACGGUGACAUGCCCGUACUUCACAUGAGCGAAGUUAUGUACCUCGACACAACGGCUACUGAUAAGGAAGGUACUACUGCUCAGGAUUCUACUGUCAAUGAGGGGAAAAAGGCUGCUGAAGCCUGCACAAGCAGUGAAAUACCGGCAGACACUCGCAACCCACCAUCUGGCACUGUGGCAACUUCUGAACAAGGUUGAACGAGGAGUUCUGCCCUGACUAGGCUGGAGUGGACGAUGGUCUCGUUGUCCUUAAUCUGGCUGAUGAUCUUUGUGCGCGCUCGGUAUUUCAGACGUUUUGCGUUGUCAUAGCCAUCCUGCCGUCCUCGUUGCAUGGCCCCAACGACGCUUGGAUGUCCUUCUGUGGACGCUCGUGCAGUGACCAGGAUAGCAUGCAGUUGGACG